AUGGCCUCCAAAAUGUUCCCCUCACAUGAGGACCUGGAAAAGGCGCCCCAGGUGAACAAUGCCUCCGAACAAAAUAGCAACAAGCUCUUCGACAACUCCAGCGAUGGCGCCGUGCCCGGCGAGAGCUUCGAAUAUGGCAAUUCACUUUACGCCAAGAUCCAGCGCUUAGCCGGCAAGCUCAACAUCGAGCAGCGAGGUGUCGAGCGAGUUCCGGAGCAUGAGCGGACUGAUACGUCCUAUCUUAAUAUUGGUAGCAUGUGGUUGGCCGCAAACAUGGUCGUCAGCUCCUUCGCCAUCGGCGUUCUUGGUAAAUCUGCAUUCGAUUUGGGCUUCGUUGAUGCCAUCUUGGUCUGUCUCUUUUUCAACCUCCUCGGUGUCAUGACCGUGUGCUACUUCUCGUGCUUUGGUCCCAUGUUUGGACUGCGCCAGAUGGUGCUCUCGCGAUUCUGGUUUGGAUGGUGGCCUGUGAAAUUCAUUGCCGUCCUUAACAUCAUCGCCUGUGUGGGUUGGUCUGCUGCCAAUGCCAUCGUUGGUGCCCAGCUCCUCAACGCGGUGAACAGUAAAGUCCCUGGAUUCGCCGGUAUCCUCAUCAUCACAUUCUGCACACUUUUCGUCACCUUUGCUGGGUACAAGUAUGUUCACAUGUAUGAGUACUGGAGCUGGAUUCCCACCUGCAUCGUGUUUUUCAUUGUGUUGGGCACAUUCGCCCACUCCGGCGAUUUCGUCAACAUCCCAAUGGGAGUCGGAGUUUCUGAAAUGGGUGCCUGCUUGUCCUUUGGAUCCACUGUCUAUGGCUUCGCAACUGGCUGGACCAGUUACGCUGCCGACUACACUGUCUACCAGCCAAAGACCCAGAGCCGUCGCCUGGUCUUCCUUUCUGCUUGGCUUGGUCUGAUCGUCCCCCUUCUCUUCACCCAAUUCCUCGGUAUCGCCGUCAUGUCCGCGACGGCUAUGGGUGACGGAGUUCACAACAAGUACGCCGAGGGCUAUGCAGCCUCGGUCAACGGUGGCCUGCUCGCAGCCGUGCUUGAACCUCUCGGCGGCUUCGGCAAGUUCUGCCUCGUCGUCCUGGCCCUGUCCAUUAUCGCCAACAACUGCCCCAACAUCUACUCGGUCGGCUUGACCUUGCAGGUCUUGAGCCGGGCUACGCAGCGCGUCCCGCGAUUCAUCUGGACUUUCCUCGCUUCGUGCGCUUCCCUCGCCAUCGCCAUCCCCGGUUACAGCCACUUCGAGACCGUUCUCGAGAACUUCAUGGCCCUUAUCGCCUACUGGUUGGCCAUUUACUCCGGCAUUGUACUCGCUGACCACUUCGUUUUCCGACGUGGAUUCGGUGGCUAUUCUGCAGAGGACUACGACGAUCCCAAGAAGCUGCCCAUGGGAAUCGCCGCAGCCAUUGCGUUUGCCUUUGGCGUCGCCGGUGUUGUUGUGGGCAUGAGCCAAACGUGGUGGAUGGGUCCUAUCGCCGCGCAUGCUGGUGACCCAACAUAUGGUGGUGACGUCGGAUUUGAGCUAGGCUUUGCCUUUGCUGCUGCGGUAUAUUGCAUCUUGCGACCGAUUGAGCUUCGUAUGAUAGGUCGAUAA